AUGGAAACAAUCCUGAAUAGAGAUUCUGCAAAAGGGAUAUGGGAUUCAAUGCGCCAGAAAUAUCAAGGGUCCACUAAGGUGAAAAGAGCACAACUACAAGCACUGCGGAAAGAAUUUGAGCUACUUGGAAUGAAGGAUGGUGAGGGUGUUGAUGAGUACUUUGGAAGAACUCUUACCAUUGCCAACAAAAUGAAAACACACGGUGAAAGAAUGGAGCAGAUUGUUAUUAUUGAGAAAAUUUUGAGGUCUAUGACAACAAAGUUUGACUAUGUCGUAUGCUCCAUUGAAGAAUCAAAUAAUCUUGCUGAAAUGACUAUUGAUAAACUUCAAAGUAGUUUACUUGUACAUGAACAAAGGAUGAGGGGGCACAAAGAGGAAGAGCAAGUUCUUAAGGUCAUGUCUGAAGCAAGAGAAGAUGCUCGAUUUGGAGGAAGGGGCAGAAACCGUGGAGGAUUCAGAGGCAAUUUCAGAGGCAGAGGCAGGAGCUGGGGAAGACAAUCUUUCAAUAAAGCUAUUAUUGAAUGUUUUAGAUGUCAUAAACUAGGACAUUUUUCUUAUAAAUGUCCUGGUUAUGAAAAAACAGCUAAUUAUGCAGAAUUGGAUUGCGAAGAAGAAAUGCUAUUGUUGUCACAUGUGGAAAUUCAUGAUUUCACAGAAUUACAUGAAGAAAUCGUGAUGACAGAAGUGAAUGCAGAAGAAGAAAUGGUGCUGACAAAGGAAUUGAAUGCAUAA